AUGACUCCAGAGGAAGAAGUCUAGAGACAGAGCACCAUGACUUCUGAGAAAGGUCCUUCAACAGGUGACCCCACUCUGAGGAGAAGAAUCGAACCCUGGGAGUUUGACAUCUUCUAUGACCCCAGAGAACUUCGUAAAGAGGCCUGUCUGCUCUACGAAAUCAAGUGGGGCAUGAGCUGGAAGAUCUGGCGAAGCUCAGGCAAAAACACCACCAAUCACGUGGAAGUUAAUUUUAUAGAAAAAUUUACGUCAGAAAGACGUUUUCACUCAUCCAUCAGCUGCUCCAUCACCUGGUUCUUGUCCUGGAGUCCCUGCUGGGACUGCUCCCAGGCUAUUAGAAAGUUUUUGAGUCAGCACCCUGGUGUGACUCUGGUGAUCUAUGUAGCACGGCUUUUUUGGCAUACGGAUCAACAAAAUCGGCAAGGCCUCAGGGACCUCGUUAACAGUGGAGUAACUAUUCAGAUGAUGACAGCAUCAGAGUAUUAUCACUGCUGGAGGAAUUUUGUCAACUACCCACCUGGGGAAGAAGCUCACUGGCCACGAUACCCACCUCUGUGGAUGAUGUUGUACGCACUGGAGCUGCACUGCAUAAUUCUAAGUCUUCCACCCUGUUUAAAGAUUUCAAGAAGAUGGCAAAAUCAUCUUACAUUUUUCAGACUUCAUCUUCAAAACUGCCAUUACCAAACGAUUCCACCACACAUCCUUUUAGCUACAGGGCUGAUACAGCCUUCUGUGACUUGGAGAUGAAUAGAAUGAUUCUAUGUGCGUACUGAUUCAAGAACAAGCAAUGAUGACCCACUAAAGAGUGAAUGCCAUUUAGAAUCUAGAAAUGUUCACAAAGUACCCCAAAACUUUGUAGCUUAAACCAACAAUAAAUACGUAUUAUCUCU